AUGGCUGCCAAAGCUACCGCAAUCGGGUCAGCCGCCUGGAUCUCAGCUGAGAAGGAAAAUGCCUUGCAGUUACUGCAAAAUGAGAAGGAAGAGGUGGUCUUUCCAGCACAGCAUCAGCUUGAGUGGCUAAACGAGCAUAUGGCUGAGAUCUUCAGCAAGAGCAAUGUUGAUGUGUCCAAUGUCUUCAAAACACCAGGAAAGCUGCGAGGAAAGACGCCACGUACGGCGAGAAAACGCAAUGUUCAAGAUGCACGCAUACCGCUGAGUGACGUGUUCUCGUCGAAGCCACCCCAACGACAGAGCCCUGAGAAGCAUUUAACCAUUGAUAAGCCUCACUUUGUAAUCGCCCGAGACGCAAGCGAACAGAGCAUACAUGCCUUCAAGUCGCAGACUGAUUCUGGCUACCACGGCUCAAGCCAAGGCGAUGUCGAAGCGGAGACGCAAAUGCAUACUUUCCAACUAGCCGGCCCAGCGAAGAUGGGACAAGGGACCCCCGACGGGCUCCUGCAUGGGCAUAUCACAGAUGAAAACGCGCUUUCAGAAGAAGUUCGGACUACAGAAGGAUCAUUCCAUUCUGCAAAGGAAGAAGCAACUACCAAGAUCGCGGACUCAGAGCCUCCGCCACAACAACCCGCGGCUCAAGAAACAAUAUCGAACAACCAACACUGUAUAAAAGCCGAACCAGUGGGUAACAUGCAAUCAGAUGGACCCCAAACCUUCGAUGAGGUCGGCUCGCCAUCGGACGAAUCAACGCCAGAAAGACCUUUGGUGAGGAAGAGCAGCUUGACUUUCGCUUCCCUCCCAGCGCGAGAGCCCAUGAAAACGAGUAUAGGUACCAGAAUGUCGCGGACGAGUCACAUUGAUCAGCCACGUCAACCUGGGCCGUACGGCGCGCGGCAAGGGUUGGCCCCAAACCAGACCGGGUCGAUUCUCGCCCACGAUAAUGAUGGAGCUGUUGCAAAGAUUGCAAUGAACGACGACGACGAGAUUGUUGAGAUUCUAGGGCACGAUGAAUCCCCUGCGGAGCUACAUACCUCCAAAACCCAUUCGAAGUUGUCGACACAAAGAUUGCACGAAAAGAUAGACAUGUUGGGAAAGGCACCUCAACCACGUCCGUCUGAAUCCAUUCCGUCGGGUGCCACCUUGGCUACGAACAAACAGAACGAUGCCCAUGACCACCAUGAGCGACAGGGCCACCGGAACCUAUUGAUUCAGGAAGAUGAUGAUGAAUGGAUCAAGCCAUUAACGUCCCCUCGUGUGGCCAUUUCAUCGCCAUCCAAGAGCGUCACUACGAACAGCGCAGAGGAUUCGGACGACAUGGACGAGUUUGAUAUUCGUGCUCCCGAAUUGAUAGCCCAUGAGGCACGAAUGAAAACACCCAUUCGAAUGUCUCCCAGCCCGGGAAAGUUCAGACCCGGGUAUGGCCACGCCAAAUCUGCGUCCACGGCCACGCUGGCUUCGCCCGCAAAGGCAGCAAUGGCACCGCCUGCCAGCCCUGCCAAAUCGAUAUCCAUCUCAAAUCCUCAGCUAACAACUACUCCGCAGGGCUCCCCUAAACGGUAUCUUGAUCUUAGUGCUUCCAAGUCGAAGUUGCAGUCCAUCAUGAAAACUGCAAAGGGUCUCUUCACCACCAGUGCAGGAGUGUCCGCUGCAGCCAAGCUUGAGACACUUUCACCCAACGCAGUUGAUGCGAUGUCGAGUGUAAUGCCAGGCAUGUACCCGAAUCUUGGUGCGCUCAGUGAUGACAAACCGUUGCCGCCUAGUCCUCACAAGGCGGUGAGGAAGACUCGCAGCUCCACAGAACGGGAGAAAGAGGAGAGACGGAAGGAGAAAGACGCCCAAAUCAUGCAAAAGAUGGAUGAACAACUGAAGAAGGCACGAGAAAAGGAGCGGAGGAAGAUGGGAGAACAACGUGUCGCGCAGGAAACGACCUCAAACAUGAUCAAGAUGGAGCAACCCAAUCAUCCGAGUCCCAGGCGUGCGGCGGACGAGACCAAUCACCAAGACCAGACUGAGCACACAGCGUUAACGACCAAACCAGCACGACCUGGCAGGCCAGUAAGAGAACCCCCAACGAGCAAGGCUAAACCAGCGCCUGUAUCUAUCAGGGUUGGGACUCUUUCUCAACGAGUGCCACCCAACGCCCCACACGCUGCUUCAAAUCCACAGGAGAUCAUGCCCAACGAGCCCAAACGCCCAGGAUUGAGCAAAAAGACCAGUACCGCUUCCUUGCAAUCCGCGACCUCCACCGGUUUGAAGUCAUCGAUGCAUGGCCAGCCACCCAAACCGAGGGCGCUCCUCGCCGCAGAGAGGAAGAAGGAGCAGGACGAGCGGGAGGCCCAGCGGAAGCUGGAGCAGAAGCGGGAAAUCGAACGCAAACGAGCCGCACAACAAGAAGAGGCCCGAAGACAAGAGCAGAAGCAGCGCGCAGAAGCAGAAAGACGUGAGCGGGAGCGAUUAGCCGUAGAGCAAGCGAGAAGACAGGCCCAACAACAGGCCAUCGAACGGAAGCGACAAGAGGCGGCUAGAAAGGCAGAGCAGCAACGAUUGGAUCGGGCUGCAACUGAAGCUGUGAGUAUUUCGAAACCUUCUGAAAAUCAUCCGUUGACCACUUACAAUCAGGCGCGUCCAUCUUCACGCCUCGGAGGCCAACCUGUCGGCCGUUCCUUGAUCAACCAUGCGUUGCCCACCAAUCCGGCAAAGCCGCCAAAACGGCCUUUGGAGGAGGACGUAGGCACUUCACGAGUCCAGACUGCUAAGUACAACAUGGGCCCGCCUCAGAACGAUGCAAAGAGAAGAAAGACUGGAGAGGACGAAAGUACUGCCGAGCCUACGUUCCGCCCAAUGGUUUCAGGAGCACCGAUCCGUCAAUCCCAGCUCGGAAAGAAGCCGUCAAUAUUCAACCAUAGCUCUUACACACAAGCACAACCAGCCGGCAAUCUUGGACAAUUCCCACAGCCGCCAACUCGAGCAGCACCUCCUCAGAUGCAGCAAUAUGCCAACGGUGCCAAGAUUCCAUUUGCAGAUGCUCCAAACCCCCCGGCCCAUUCAAAAACUCCUGUGUCAAUCAUGCAGCAAAAAACAAUUCAGACGGUCAAAUCAUCGCCCCAGUAUCCUCAUGGAGAAGCCAUCAACCUUCCUGAGAUUCCGACUGAUUCGGAGGAUGAGGACUCUGAAGAUGAAGGCAACGCAUUCCCAAUUCCUGACUGGGCAACGCCAGGCCACUUGACCGAACAGCUGAUUCGCCAGGAAGAAAUGGACGGAGAUGUUGUUUUCGGCCCAAUUGCGCCACUCAAGAUGGAAGAGAUAUUCGCGAAAGGCAACAAAGAUCGACUCAAGCGACUUCGAGACCGCACCAGCAGUGCUAAUUGGGCUCUUAGUGGUGAUGGAUUGACCCUCGAGGAAGUAAGGGCGGAUCGGGAGCAGCGGGAACGCAUGAGGUUAGAGGGCGGUUGGAAAUUUGGAAAUUGA